AUGGCAUCCAGUUCUGCUCCAAUCUCUGUUCUAGUUUUCAAUGGUGAUCAGUACCAUGUUUGGGCUGUCAAGAUGAAAACAUACCUGAGGGGCCAUGGUUUGUGGCAAUAUGUUGAAGAGGAGAAGCAAGUUCCCCAACUUGGACCAAACCUGACGCUGAACCAAAUGACGGUUCAUGAAGAAGAAGCAGCCAAAGCCCUAAGAGCACUGUCUUGUAUACAUUCAGUCGUGACAGAUCAGGUCUUCUCCAGGAUCAUGGCGUGUGAGACCCCUAAAGAAGCUUGGGACACUCUCAAGGAGGAGUUUGGAGGGAGUAACCAGACAAGAAAUAUGCAAGUUCUAAACUUGAGAAGGGAAUUUGAAGUGCUCAAGAUGCAGGAGACAGAAUCUGUCAAGGAAUAUGUGGACAAACUUAUGAUAGUGGUGAACAAAAUAAAACUGCUAGGGGAAGAAGUAACCAACCAGAGGGCAGUGGAGAAGGUCCUGGUCAGCUUACCUGAAGGUUUGAAGCAAAAAUUUCGUCCCUAG